GUCAUGGUUGAUCGAGGUUACUGUAAAAGCGGCGCUGGCCGGAAAAGGAAGCCGGACUAUCGACUCUUCGAUCCCGAGAAAUGAUGAUGGAAACAGUCUGAGUAUGAGCGACCUUCAGCGUGCAUUUGCUCGCUCUCACCUAGCCCGACUACCGCCCGAUGCGCCUCCGGUUUUCGAUGAACGAGAAGAGCAUGAUGAAAGCCAGGACGAAGUGCUCCCCCUUCCGCCAGAGUCGCCGAAUGAUUCAUCCUCCUCAGCCUCAUCAACAUCAUCCACCGGUACCAUAGUCCCAUCACCCAGCCAAAAACUAUUUGAAAGGCCGAAAAGCUCCUCGAUCAAAUCUCGUUCCGCGCCCUUACCUUGGGACGAUUUCUUUGCCCAAUCACUUUCUUUCCAGCAAAGGACGCCGUCAGAAAACAUCAGUCACCAUGCCUAUCUGACUCCACCGACAUCUUCCGGUCCCCUUAUCGUCACACAUCAUGGCGCUGGGUCUUCAGGACUAUCAUUUGCUGCUUUUGCCUCCGAGUUCCUGAAACUCAUCCCCAGCGCUGGCGUGUUGUCACUCGAUGCCAGGGGUCAUGGUCAGGCAUCUAUCACAACCUCGUCCGGCAGCUCACCUUCAGCCCCAGAUUUGAGCUUGACCACGCUAGCUAAAGAUCUGGCCUUUGUUGUGAACGCCGCCAAGGCACACAUGAAAUGGGCAGCCUUACCAGAUAUCGUGCUUAUCGGCCACAGUCUUGGAGGAGCUGUAGUCACUGAGGUGGCCCAUGAGCGACUCUUGGGCAACGCAUUACUGGCGUACGGAGUCCUGGACGUCGUCGAGGGCUCCGCAAUGGAUGCACUUUCCAGCAUGGAUACUUACCUCUCAACAAGACCAAGAUCCUUCCCAACCCUCGCCUCGGGCAUAGAAUGGCAUCUAAAGUCUAGGACGAUCCGCAACACCACUUCUGCUAGGGUAUCUGUGCCAUCCCUGCUGCUUGAAUCGAAAGUCACAGACAAAUGGUCGUGGCGGACAGAUUUGGGCGCGACGAAGCCGUUCUGGGAGGGCUGGUUUGUUGGGCUGUCGAAGAAGUUCCUUGAGUCUCGUGGCGGCAAGCUGUUACUCCUCGCCGGCACCGAUAGACUGGACAAGGAAUUGAUGAUAGGCCAGAUGCAAGGAAAGUAUCAGCUACAAGUCUUUCCAGAGUCCGGCCAUUUCAUCCAAGAAGACCAACCCGCCAAGACUGCGCAGGUGGUCGCCGACUUUUACAGGAGAAAUGACAGGGUCGGCCUCGUCCUUCCACCGAAAGUGGAUGACCUGAUCAAACAAGGCAAACUCAAGCCCGCGGAACACAAGUGAUAUGUACACGACGUCGGGACGGGUGCUUGCAGCUUCUAUGUAGUUGGACAGCUCCGGCCACGCAGCAUCACUUCAAGGAUUCUCUGCUCAGCACAGCUUAUAUUGGGCGAUCUGCGUCCCAGCCGGAAUGUCAAGAUACUAGCAAUCGAGGCAGUCGUUCGAGCAUGUACAGAGCC